AUGAGGCUCUCCGAGGGCGCCGCCUGGGCCAUGGCCCUUACCGCUGGAGCCAACGCCCAGAACUCGUCAUUCGCUCAACAGUGCUCGUCGCUCGACCUCUCUUCGGUCCUGCCCAAUGCUACUGUCUGGUUCUCUGAUUUUGUCGCUGGCGGCACCAACAUUACUUUCCCCGACAACGAUCCGAGCUGUGGACGUCCUGCCCAAGUCGUCCAAAAUGACUUGUGUCGCGUGGCUCUGCGCGUCCCUACCACCAACCAAAGCGAGAUUAGCGUCGAAGCCUGGCUUCCUGCCAACUGGACCGGCCGCUUCUUGAGCACCGGCAAUGGCGGUGUGUCUGGCUGCAUCCAGUACGAGGACAUGGCCUAUGCUGCCGACCUUGGAUUUGCCACUGUCAGUGGUAACAACGGUCACAAUGGCACCCGUGGCAUUGCCUUUGGCGAGAACGAUGACGUCGUCCUCGACUUUGCCUGGCGCUCUGUCCACACUGGUGUUGUUGUUGGCAAGAAGAUUUCGAACGCCUUUUACGGGAAGGACUACACCAAGUCUUACUACCUGGGCUGCUCUACCGGCGGUCGUCAAGGUUUCAAGUCGGCCCAAAGCUUCCCUGACGACUUCGAUGGCGUUGUUGCUGGUGCCCCUGCCUUCUCCUUCGUCAAUCUGACUUCGUGGAGCGGCCAUUUCUACACUAUACUUGGAGGAAAUGACACCGACCGCUUUGUUCCCACGCCUUUGUGGACGAAGAUCCACGAGGACAUCCUUGACCAGUGUGACGGCCUUGACGGCGUUGUUGACGGCAUCAUUGAGGACCCAGAUCUCUGCCAGUACCGCCCCGAGGCUCUCCUUUGCGCCUCCAACGCCACCGACACCUCGAGCUGUUUGACCGGCCCCCAGGCCGAUGCCGUCCGCCAGAUCUUCUCGCCUCUCUACGGCGUCGAUGGCUCCCUCGUCUACCCGCGCAUGCAGCCCGGCAGCGAGAUCCUCGCCGCCAACAUCCUGUACGGCGGCAAUGACUUCAUCUAUACGACCGACUGGUUCCGCUACGCCGUCUACCGUGACCCGUCGUGGGAUCCGGCCACGCUCUCUCCCGCAGACAUGGCCACGGCCGCAGCCCAGAACCCGGGCAACAUCCAGACGUGGGACGAUCUGAGCGCCUUCCACGCCAAGGGCGGCAAGCUGCUGCACUACCACGGCCUGAUGGACGCCAUCAUCUCGUCGGACAACAGCCCGCGCUACUACAACCACGUCUCGCGCACCAUGGGGCUCAACUCGGCCGAGCUGGACGAGUUCUACCGCUUCUUCCGCAUCUCCGGCAUGGGCCACUGCAGCGGCGGCGACGGCGCCUUCGCCAUCGGUAACGGCCUCGACACCCUCGCCAGCCUCGACCCCGACCACAACGUCCUCAUGGCCAUGGUGCGCUGGGUCGAAGAGGGCGUCGCGCCCGAGAAGAUCGUCGGCACCAAGUGGGUCAACGGCACCGAGGAUCUCGGUGUCGAGUACACGCGCGCCCAUUGCAAGUACCCUGCCAGGAACGUCUACAAGGGCACCGGCGAUGGUUCGGAUGCUGAGGGCUGGGAGUGCGUUGUUUAA